GGUUUUCUUUUUUUUUCUCGUUCUACCAAUAGAAAAAGUCCGACAGCCAAUAGAAGAUAUCUUAAAUUAUUUAGCUGGAGGUUUUUUUACGUGGUAAUAUUGGAUUUUUAAAAUCAAAUACAACAGAACGUAUUAAAGGACCAACGACAGUACAACGUGAAAUACGCAUUGGUGUUACUCAUACUUAUGUCGAAUUAGCACUUGUUCUUGGUACAUCAUGGAUUGAACAAAAUUUAUCAUUAUUUAUUAAUCAUGUACUUGAAUUAGCUGGAAAUCCUCGUGCAUCAACAUCACAUGUUGAUGCUGUUUAUUCUC